AUGUUGCGCCCUACAGACUCUCCCAUGCCAAUUGGCAUCGGUUUCCUUCUUUUGUCUUUCGGAGCCAAGGUCGCUUCUGCCGUUCCUUAUCAAAUCUACCAGCUUAAUGAGCGAGACGUCAACACUGACACCACUUCAACUGAUACCUUCAUUUCUACAACCACCAGCGCCGUCGCGCCCAUUGACGUUCUUCCUACUACAAGUUCAGAUAUCGUUGUCAUCAACACUGAGACGUCAUCCGACGCUAUUGUCGUUGACACAACUACCAAUGCGGCCCCGGUAGUCGAACCUCCUACCACUAUUGGCCAGAUUGUUGAUGGCACCACCAGCGCUGAGAUUGCGCCUGUUGGUACCGAGACAUCAGCUUUUGUGGAGGUUUCGAGCAGUACUGAUGCUACUAUCGUGAACCCUAUUCCUACCACGACAGAUGACCAGACUACAUCGAACUGGAUCCCUCCCGCUGGUACAGAGACCAACGUUGUUGGUACUCCUGGUGCUAGUACAAAUGUUCCCCCUCCUGCUGGUACUGAGACAGCUACCACCAACGAUGCUGUUGAGCCUAUUGGUACGACCACCAACACUGGUCUCCCUCAUGCUGGAACAGAGACUACGAGCGAUGUCCCUCCUCCGGUUGUCGACACCACCACCAACACUGCUGCUCCGGUUGGGACUGAGACUACAAGCCAUGCGAUUGAUCCUGUCGAUAGUACCACUGAUCUUCCUGCCCCAGGUCCCGAGACGACCACUACCCAACCACAAGCACCUGUUGAUACCACUACCUCCGCUGCUAUUCCUCCUCCCAACACCGACACCAGCGCUGAGGUCCCUCCCCCCGAAACCACAGCCGACAAUGUCGAUGCUCCUAGCACUACCGCCCCCGUCAACAACAUCCCUAGCACCACUGAGAAGGCCUCUGAACCAAGCGACAAGCCCAGCGAUGCGCCAUCAGCACCUGUCACUGCUCCUCCUCAAGAAGCCACUGCUGCUGCUUCUCAGGCCCAGGUCACUGCCUCAGAGUAUAACUCCAAGGUCGACGACAUCAUCCCUAUCAUCGUCGCUUGGACGAACAACCCUGAUGGUCUCAAGACAGAUACGUUGAACAAGGUUAACAACUUGAUCGACGGCGUCAAGGGCGCUAUUAAGGAUCUUGGUGGUAAUGAGUCUGGUGGUUGUCCCGGUAAGCGACGUCGCGGACUUCUCGACAUUGUCUCCAAUGUCAUCAACACUCUAUCUUGUGUCGUCUCCAACCUCGAAGAUGUCACUGGCAAGAUCACUGGUGGCAUUGUCGAGGGUGUCACUCCCAUCGUGAGCACUCUCACCAGCAACAGCAAUGAUCUGAAGGAUCAGAGUGAAGAAGAGGAGGAUGACGACAAGUCCAAGACUGAGAAGCAGGAGUCUAAGACGGAAGAGGAAGAGUCCAAGACGGAGGAGAGCAAGACGGAGGCUAGUACCACCGAGAAGCCGACCUCCACUGAGGCUGAGACUACUACUUCUGCCGAGACGACGGAGACUACAGGGUCUUGCAAGAUGAGGGAGACUACCAGUCUUCCUGCUGCUUCAGAUACCCAACCCAAGACUUCGAUCGCUCUGCCUCCCACGAGUGGUGAUGGCGCUACUGGCAGUGACACCUCUGCUGGCCCAGCUGAGACUGGCACUUCUGACGUGCCUACCUCGACUGAGGCUGCUGACGCGACUACCUCCAACCAAGCUCCUGAGUCGACCACCGCAGCUGAUACUUCUGUCCAAGAGACCUCUACCAAGCCUGCCGAUGAGACCAGCACCGCUGAUCAAACCGUCAAGACUGAAGAGACCUCCAAGGCUGAUGAGACUGACACUUCAGCCCCCGCUACCACAAGGCCCAGCACCCUUCUCACAACAACCCGUCCAGCCGACCAAACCACCAACGCUAUCACUUCCGGCUCAACUGAGGAUAUCACCACCGCCCCAGUGCGCACAUACUACCCCUGCGGUAUCUACGGCGGUCCCCGCGUCACGUCAGCAUACUGCCAAUGCUCCACUACCGUCUCUGGCAAGCAGUACAUCGCGACAGCUACACUCAUCGACAACAAAUGUGAAGCGUACACCGAGUAUCCCUCCAAGACCAUUGAUGGAACUGUCCUCGCAUGGACUGCCUACACUCUUGCAUACGGACAGGUGUACAAGGACGUCACUGCUACUUUCUCUAAUGGCAUUGGUGAGGUGAAGACCAUCGCUACGCCAGUUCCUACGCAAACUCACGUCGAUAACGAUGGGUCCGGGCAGUGCGGUACAAGCGAUGGACUCUCCAAGUCUGGUCUCGGCGACGCAUGUGACCGCGCCAUUGGUGAAUUCCAAGAUGAUACUAUCUACACUGGGUACACUACGCGCUACAGCCGCUCCAAGAAGGGUCUUCUUAUGGUCAUGUCUAUGGGACAGGCUGCUUGUAUUGCCAAGUUUAGCUGUGACGACUAUGGUAUUGGCAUGAGCGGUAAACUCAUCAAGGAAGCACGUGAGAACGCGAAGAAGAAUGACAACAUUUGGAUGUGUGGACACAUUGAGUUGUCGAACUCUUGUAAGGUUGUUAUGGAUUACUGCACAAACUGUAACAAUGAGGGUUAA